AUGGAGUCAAUAGUACUGGUAGUCCUGCUUAUCAUCUGUGCAACCAGUUCCGGUCAUAAGUGUACUAUUAAUCGUCAACUAGAAGUGAAAGUGGCUGAAUUUAAUGCUGCUGACUUUCAAGAAACAAUCGGCAACUUACAUGUUAUUGAAGUUGACGAUAGUAGUUUAUGUCGCAUGAGAAUUGCUAUCAAUUAUAUUAGUGCAUUUCAGCUUAUACAAAUAGAAUUUAGUCAGCAGUUCGGAGGUAGCGACUUAGAUGAUACGAUGAUCUCUUUCACCACAGCAGCUAUGUAUAGUCAAGAUAGUACUGGUAAUUUUCAAAUUGUUAGUUUGUUUGAAUAUGCAUGUUCUGGCAACGAAUGUGACAAAAAAUUUCUUACAGAUCAUAUCCAUUGGUUAGUUAAAGUCGAUUAUACAGAGUUCGAGCAGAAGAUUCGUCCAUUAAUUAUGGGCUAUGGUAAAGAAGCAGGUGAGUGA